GAGGAGGAUACAUUUAGAUUGGAUCGAGGAGGAGGAGGAGGAGACGGAGGAGGAGGGCCCAAAAGAAGAGAAAAAUGGGGUUCCCGCCCAUUGGCCCUUCUUGAAAUCUUAGAGCGCACUGAUAGGAGAGAAAGCCGAGUAAGGCGGGGUAGACGAAGAAAGGGAGAUGUUGGGGUGAGCUACCAGAGCUGAGGCGCGUCGCGACGAGAUGGACACGCCCGAGCGGGCUAAGAUCGCGGGGACGCCGCUCUCCAAGUUCGAGGAUUCACCAAUCUAUAACUUCAUCAAUAAUUUGUCUCCUAUCCAGCCUGUCAAGUCGAUAGAUUCAGUACCUAUUGCACAUACACAUCAACCAUUGAACUUUGCUUCUCUUUCUUCCAUAUUUAGUUCACCACAUGACAAUCCUCCAAGGGAAACUAGGUUUUUGACAAGGCAUCCUUUCACAGACUAUUUCAAACAAGAAAAUUUUUCAGACAAUGUUGGUGAAAGUAGCCUAUGCCCAGAGGUUUCUGAUGCUGGUAGGCCAUCCGGAUUCACUUCCAGCUCACAGGAAAAUUGCACUAUGACAUGUUCACUUAAUGAGGCUACUGUUGAUCCUCCUGAUGAAUGCCCAGCCCUCCCUAGUACCUUUCCUCAGUCUACACAAUAUUAUUCAGGUAGUCCUGACCAUAAUGUGGAACCAUGCCUUGGUAUUAAAAUGGAUCUUAAGCUCGAUGUAGGACAUACACCAGUGGAGUUUCACUUUGUUCAAAAUGGGGUAGAAAGGCGAAAAGUUUUGUUUGCUAUGGAGGAUGGGGUUCAAGAAAAUCUUCCACUUGAGCUGAACAAAGACAAAGGAGUUGGGUGUGUCUGGGAAAGUUUAAUCCCUGAUGAUGGUCAAAGUCUGUUGAUAUUUGAUUCAUCCACAGAAUCAGAGGCCCACAAAGGAGUGAGUGAGAAAGCUGUGGACAAUGAUGGGCAUUCCAUUGUUUCUCUGUUGUCAAACUGCACAGAGAAUGCUGAUCAUCUACAGAAAACAAAACCUGAUAUCUCUCAUGGCCCUUGUGUCCAUAAUGUCAACCAAGAUCCUUCUCAGAACUGUAGCAAAGUUUUUGAGAAGGAAGAUGAAACAGAUCAUGCUACAAAAAUGUUGUCAGAUAUGUGCCAUGAUCAGGUCGACAGCCACCAACAACGUGGCAUGCGCAGACGCUGUUUGGUUUUUGAAGUGGCUAGUGUUUCUAAAAGGAAUAUGUAUAGUGACUCCAAGCUCAACCCAUUGACUUCUUUGUCAUUCAAAGGCAAGAGCGUUUGUGACACCAAGAAUUUGAAACCUGAAAUUAGAGAAUCACUGUAUGCUUUGCCGGGUAUUGGAUUACAUUUGAAUGCCCUUGCAACAACAUCAAAGGAUAGAAUGGUUAAUAAGGAGACUCUGGCUUCUGAGAAACAAAUAAUCAGCAAUCCUUGCUCUGUUGGUUCCUUGACAUCAACAACAGCUGGGAGGAACAGUCUGAGGAAGUCCUCAGCUGUCGAGAAGGAUCUCUGUCCCAGUGGGAGUGAAGUUGACCUUCAGAUUGUUUCCGAUGAUGCUCCAAAGGAUGCCACACCUAAUAUCUGUGAGGAAUUAAGUCAAGGCAGUCCAAAGAAGAAAAGACGCAAGUCAGGAAAUGGAGGCGAAAGUGACGGAUGCAAGCGUUGCAACUGUAAGAAGUCGAAAUGCUUGAAACUCUAUUGCGAGUGUUUUGCUGCUGGAGUCUACUGUUCUGAGCCCUGUUCUUGUCAAGGAUGUUUUAACAAACCCAUCCACGAGGAAACAGUCCUAGCUACUCGCAGGCAGAUAGAAUCUCGUAAUCCACUUGCGUUUGCCCCAAAAGUAAUUCGAACAUCUGAAUCUGGUCUGGAAAUGGGGGAUGAUGACAAAAAGACUCCUGCUUCAGCACGUCAUAAAAGAGGGUGCAAUUGCAAAAAAUCAAAUUGCCUGAAGAAAUACUGUGAAUGCUAUCAGGGUGGUGUUGGAUGCUCCAUCGGCUGCAGAUGUGAAGGAUGCAAAAAUUUAUUUGGAAGAAAAGAUGGUUUUCUGCCACGAUUUGAAGAACUUGAACAAGCAGAGAAAGAAGCCAAUGCUUGUGAGAAGGAAAAUGAAAGUCCGGGUGAUGAUCAACAGAACACCAGCAUCCAGAUCGACGAACAUCAUUCUUCAGGACACAUUUUACCCAUUACACCUUACCAGAGCUGCAGGUUAUCAGUCGAACUGCCAUUUUCUUCAAUUGCAAGCAGCACAACAAGUACUAAGCUCUCCAUCGGACGUUCUCCUGCAUUAUAUGGCUCUCACAUGCUUCGGAAGUGCGAAAUGGUUCUCCCUCCACCUAAGUUGGAAAAUAAUGUGAGCACAGUGGUGGAGGAUGACACUCCAGCUAUUCUAAGACCCACUGUAUCACCCACCACGACGGGCAUUAGGAUUGCUUCCCCUAACCAGAAGAGGGUUUCACCGCCACACGGUGGAGUUGGGUUGUCGCCGCCAAGCCGUAAAGGUUGCAGGAAACUGAUACUGAGAUCCAUCCCCUCCUUCCCACCGCUCGGUAGCGAUGUAUCAGCUGAACAUCCAGUGAACUAUUCCAACAGCUCUUUCGGUUCAUCUACCGUCAUUUGAUGUGUGGAGGUAUUAAAUCGAACACAUUAUUUACUCCUGUUUUCUACUUCGUAUCUAAAGCAUCCGUGAAUCUACAGUCAUUGUGACUCUGAAGGGCUGACUGCCUGCCAUGAUAUCUGCCUAUGCAUGAGAUCGAUGCGGUCAAUAAACACCUUGGCAAACUCCAGCAGUCUGUCUCGGAAAAGAUACGGUGUAAAGUUAAAAUGUUUUAUUGCUUGUACUGUUAAUGCCGGAUAGUUUCGUCCCUCAUGUAUAAUUCUGUAACAGGAUGAUGCUCUUCGACAUUUUCUGUAUCUCAAUCACAUAUCUUUCUACUUCUGUA